AUGAGAACCAUAAAGAAAACCACUAACAAAUUCCUUCUGAUUACAUAUUAUAGAAUUCGAGACAUAACAUUCAAACAGCAUUUAGUGCUAAGUUUCCUUUUGCGGGUGGCAUUUGUUGUAUACGGUGAAUUUCAGGAUUAUUAUGCAGAAGUGGCGUUCACAGACAUUGAUUAUAAAGUUGUUACAGAUAGUUCUCGACACAUCUUGUACGGGGAAUCACCAUAUAAACGUCACACUUAUCGAUAUACACCACUCUUAGCUUAUCUGCUGACCGGCAAUAUUCUAUUUCAUGUCUCAUAUGGAAAACUUCUCUUUUCUAUCUUUGACAUUUUAAUUGGAAUCGUUAUUAGGCAAAUUAUUCUCGAUGAGCAUUUGCUGUUAAAAAGAACCAAACGGUUAUUAAAUUCGUUGCCAUAUAUGCUUUAUCGUCCAACACCAAGAUAUGAGAAACGAGCAACAUGGGCAUCGAUUUUGUGGCUAUACAAUCCAAUCGCGAUUACAAUUUCGACUCGAGGUAAUGCUGAUUCAAUUACCAGUCUGUUCAUUUUGCUUACUAUUUUUCUAUUACAACGAAGUAUCGGACAAUCCAAAGCAUACGGUUUGACAUAUGUACUAUUGGCUGGUGCCUGUCAUGGAUUAUCCAUUCACUUUCGAUUGUAUCCACUUGCAUUUAGUCUGGCAUACUAUCUUUACCUUGGAGAGGAAACUAUGAAACCAAAUCCACAUCCGAAAUCGUUAUUUACCGUCAUCUUUCAAUUCAAUCGAAAACAAAUUUUGUUGAUUUUCUCAACAUUAUCGACAUUGAUGGGCCUCACGCUUUAUUUUUAUCACAAAUACGGCUAUGAAUUCCUAUUCGAGUCCUAUUUAUAUCAUUUGGUGCGGAAAGAUACUCGUCACAAUUUUUCCCUCUAUUUCUACAUGUAUCUGUUGAACAGCAAACCCAUGUUGAUUGAAAAAAUAUUCACAUUUUUACCACAGCUCUUAAUUUUGCUCGUAAUAAAUGCCUACUAUGGAAUUCACCGUAUCACACUUGGAUUUUGCAUUUUUCUGCAUGCAUUUCUAAUGGUGACUUUCAAUCCAGUCUGUACAAGUCAAUAUUUCUUGUGGUAUUUAUCAAUUUUGCCGAUUUGUUUAAAAAAUCUGAGAUCAUUGAAAAUUAAUCGGGCACUUUCAUACUGUGCCCUUUGGUGUUCGGUGCAAGCAAUGUGGCUUAUUUCCGCUUAUCUAUUAGAAUUCAAAGGAUGGAAUACAUUUGAUUUCAUAAAUAUGCAGAGUGCCAUUUUUUUUUCAGCCAAUUGUUUCAUAAUGAAAGUGUUGAUUGAUAACUUUGAUGUAAUUGCCGAAUUUUAGAAGAUUAAUAAAAACGUGUUUAGAAUUCAUAAAACUUUA